AGAGGCCUAUCGCCACCGCCGCGCUGCGACGAGAGGGGAAGGAAUCAAUCGCUCGCCGCCACCCGCACCCAAGGCGAGGCCGCACGCCGGCGACGGCCACACAUGCCGACCGCCUCCUGCCUCCGCCCGCCCCUCCCCCACGCCUCCUCGUCCGCCACCGCCGCCUUGGCGCAGCGCCUCCGCCUCCCUCCGCCGCCGCCGACGACGCAGCCGUUCCAGGCGGCGCUGCGGCUGCCGCGCAGGAGGCUCGCCGGGGUCGGGGUCGCGGCGGCCUCCGCGUCGCCCUUCGACGAGCUCUACGCGCGGGGGAGGCCCGCCCAUGGCUCCUCCAAGAAAUCUAUCCUAUGGAACUUGAUCCAAGACAUAGAGCCUUUGGAUCUAAGUGUCAUUCAGAAAGAUGUUCCUCCUGAAACAGUGGAUGCAAUGAAGAGAACAAUCUCUGGCAUGUUGGGUCUGCUUCCAUCAGAUCAGUUCCGUGUUGUUGUAGAAGCCCUUUGGAAUCCCUUCUUCAAGUUGUUGGUAUCUUCAAUUAUGACCGGGUAUACUCUGCGUAAUGCUGAGUACAGGCUCUCUUUUGAAAGAAACCUAGACCUUUCAGAAGAAGAUUCUGAAGGUCAAAAAAGAGAUAUCUCUGAAGACGAUCAUCAUAACAUCAAUUUAGGUAGCCCUGUUACGAUUUUCAGAUUAUCUGAAGAAGACAUGCUACAAGACUCUGAAAAAAAUGAUGAAGAAUUACCAUGUGAAACUGUGGAGGAAGAUCUUGGUAACUUGACACCUCAAGCAGAAGAUUACAUCAUCCAAUUGCAGUCUCGAUUGGAUGCCAUGAAAAAGGAGUUGCAUGAUCUUAGGAGGAAAAAUUCUGCUCUGCAAAUGCAACAAUUCGUUGGAGAAGAGAAAAAUGAUUUGCUGGACUAUCUAAGAUCACUAACACCAGAAAAGGUUGCUGAACUCUCAGAGUCUACCUCUCCCGGGGUGCAAGAGGCUAUUCACUCUGUGGUUCAUGGUUUGCUUGCUACUCUUUCCCCCAAGAUACACUCGAAGGCCCCUCCACUAGGAAAUGCUACUGGGGGUGCACUGAAUGUUGGAGGCGAGGAUGAUGACUGCGCGGAGCUUGUGGAGAAUGCAUCCCUACCUUUUCAGCCCCUAAUAUCUGUUCCCCGUGAUUACCUUGCACGUUUGCUAUUCUGGUGCAUGCUGUUGGGUCACUACAUCCGAGGUCUGGAGUACAGGUUAGAGCUGGCGCAGCUUCUGAGGAUAUCUACCGAUGUGGAGUCUUUCCCCAGUGGCGAUGAUCCUGUCGUUUGAGAGAGCUUAGACCGGCUGAUCGAUGGUGUUAACCAAUCACAAAGUAAGUGCAUUGUCUGAGACAUGGUGGAGCCGCUGAAGCGGCAACCACACUGCAGCUCUUCAAAAAAAGGUGCUCUAAACGAGAGGAGCUCUGAACACCGGCAGGUCUUGUAAAUUCAGGAAACAGCUAUUCGGGUGUAAAGUUAGUGUUAUAUAUUGAUGCGAAUAAUCACUUUUCUUUCUUUUAUUUUUAUACUGUGAAAUAUCAAAGGAACUGGUUGCUCUUAUUGUUAAUCAUGUGGUAGAACUGUGGAUAGGCAUCUUUGUAUUCUAGUGUGUAUGUAUUUGGUGAUGUGUUUCAGCGUAGUGCUGUUACAUUUUUGAACCUCAAGUUCUUGACGUAAA